AUGCAAUUCAAGACCCUCGCCGUCCUCGCUCUCACCAGCGCCGUCUCCGCCCAAGGAGGCCUCAACUCCCUCACCUCAGAACUCGGAGGCGCCAUCUCAUCAGCAACAUCAGUCGCCGGCGGCAUCGGCUCCACAAUCACCUCUGGAGCAGGCGGAGCUCUCUCCACCGCAACCUCAGACGCAGCCUCCCUCGCCUCAUCCGUCGCCUCGGGCGCAUCGUCCGUUGGAUCCUCCCUCUCCUCCGAAGCCUCCUCCAUCGGCUCGUCCCUUUCAUCCGCCGCCUCAGCAGCCAGCACAUCCAUCACAGCCACCGACGCAGCAGGCUCGUCGUCGCUGUCUAGUGUGCUGAGCAGCAUCUCGGGUGCCCAGAGCAGCGCAGCAAGCUCCAUUAGCUCGAGAGUCUCGAGCGCUGCCGGUGCUGCUACGUCGAGCAGUACCGCUGGUGCCGCUUACCAGACUGCUGCUGUUGGAUUCGGAGCUUUGUUCGGUGGAGCUGCGCUCAUGGCCAACAUGUAA